UUCUGUUUGUCAAUCAGAAAUCUUCCAGUUUAAUAGCAAAUUCAAACUCUCCCAAUCUACAGCUCCCACAAGGCAUUGCCAUGUCAACGCAUUCAUGGCCUCUCUCUCUAUAAAAAUCCACUUAUGCUUCUGCGGUUCUGCCAUAACGAAAUCAAAAUCCUCCUUAAUCAAGCUCUCCCAUCUUAAUUACCUUCUCUCUUCAACGAUUCCAUGGCUUCUAAGCUAUCCCUCCUGCUUGUUGUUGCUCUCGUUGCAGCUUUGUCUUUCUCUCAAGCUUUAGCCCGUGAUCCAGGCGCCCUUCAAGACUUCUGUGUUGCAGACAGCAUGUCCAAAGUUAUUGUGAAUGGAUUCACUUGCAAGAAUCCAGAACUCGUUAAAGCUGAUGACUUCUUCUUGUCGGGUCUCAAUGUGCCUCGUAGCACCAUGAACAAAGUUGCUUCCAAUGUGACGCUCAUAAAUGCAAAUAUAAUUCCCGGCCUCAACACUCUUGGCAUCUCCAUGGCUCGAGUGGACUAUGCCCCCCGCGGUCUCAAUCCUCCGCACAUCCACCCUCGUGCCACAGAGCUCCAAACAGUGUUGGAAGGCUCGCUCUAUGUUGGAUUCAUAACGUCCAAUCCCGAGAACAAGUUGGUGACCAAAGUGCUUAACAAGGGUGAUGUGUUCGUAUUCCCUCAAGGCCUAAUUCACUUCCAGUUCAAUCUUGGUAGGACGAGGGCUCUUGCGAUGUCAUUUCUAAGUAGCCAAAAUCCAGGAGUAAUCACCAUCGCCAAUACUGUCUUUGGGUCAAAGCCAAACAUCUCGGAUGAUAUUCUUUCAAAGGCUUUCCAGGUGGAUAAGAAGACUAUCGAUUGGAUCCAAUCUCAGUUCUAGAAAACCAACGAAAGUUAAUAAUAUCAUAUCAAUAUUGUUGCUUAUUCAUUGCAUUUGUAUCUGCAAUAAUUCAUUCUUUGAUGUAUAUAUUCAUGUUUGUCAAUCUCUACAAAAGAUAAUUUAUAAUAAGUUUGAUAUGUAUUUCUGAAGAAGAACAAUAU